UCAGAGGCGGAAGUGGGGCGGCGGAAGUGGGGUACCGGAAGCGGCGUUGCCAUGGACCCCGCGGAGGACUGGCUGGUGGAAUCCUUGCGCUUGUACCAAGAUUUCCAUGCAUUCGAUCUUUCGGGAGCCACUCGAGUCCUUGAAUGGAUUGGUGACAAAGGAGUCUUUGUUGCUGGCUAUGAAAGCCUGAAAAAAAAUGAGAUUCUUCAUCUGAUACUACCUCUCAGACUUUCUGUAAAAGAAAACCAGGGCUUAUGCCCAGAAAGAGAUUUCAAGGUGUGCCACGGAGGAUUUUCAGACAUGCCUGUCUUUGAUCUGAAGCACGUGCCAGACACCAGGUUGCUGGUAACCACUGGUCUUCCGGGUUCUUACCUGCAUGUGUGGCAGGUCACAGAGGACAGUGAUGUCAUUCAGGCCGUCAGCACCAUUGCUGUACAGGAGAAGGAGGGCAGUCUCUGGCCCAGGGUGGCUAUCUUCUCUUCGAUGGCACCCGGAGUCCUCCACGGGGUGAGGCUCAGCAGUCUGAAGGUUAUGGAUCUGGAAUCCCAGAAGACCACAUACACCUCAGGGGUCAGUGACAGUGAGGAGCUAAGUAGCCUGCAGGUCCUGGAUGCAGACACCUUUGCCUUCUGCUGCUCCUCAGGCCGGCUGGGGCUUGUCGACAUCCGCCAGAAGUGGGCGCCAUCAGAGAAUGUCAGCCCCAGCCCUGGGGCUGCUGGAGGGAGGUGGUGUGCUGAAGUUGGGGGCCGGGGCCCUGGGCCCAGCAUUGCCAGCCUUGGCUCAGACGGGCAGCUCUGUCUUCUUGAUCCCCGGAAUCUCUGCCAUCCUGUGAGUUCCGUCCAGUGCUCAGUGUCUGCACCCAGCCCCGACCCAGAGCUGCUGCGAGUGACCUGGGCGCCAGGCCUGGACAGCUGCUUGGCCAUUUCAGGUUUUGAUGGGACAGUCCAGGUCUAUGAUGCCACAUCUUGGGAUGGAGUGGGGAACCAAGUAGAACCUGUCUUUACUCACAGAGGUCACAUCUUCCUGGAGGGCAGCCAGAUAGACACUGCUCCACUGGUCACUACCCACACCUGGCACCCCCACAAACCACGGACUCUCCUAUCGGCAGCAAGCGACGCCUCUCUGCACGUGUGGGACUGGGUGGACCUCCAUGCGGCCUGCUGACUCCAGCGGCUUCCUGCCCAGGCCUCGACGAAGAGGAGGAGCUGCUGUAGAACCAGGUAUCAACUUAGGCCCCUGUUACCAGCCAAGUGGCCUUGGGCAAGUCAGCCAGCUUCUGCCCCCAGGUUCUUUAUUUGUAAAAUGAGCAUAGUAAGAGCUACCUCUCAGGGCUGUUGGGAAAGUUAGAAGGGAUGGAUUAAAAAACAGGAUGCGUAGCACAAUAAAUAUUUGGUAGCCCCUGUUAGACCCGGGAGCCCCGUCUCCCCCCAAGUGUAGAAUGACAGUGUUUUAUUCCUGUCUGUAUUCACAAUAUCAGAGUGAAAAAAACAACAACAAAUGUUGUAAAGGCGUUUUGUGAACUUUUUUACAGAACUCGAAAUGUACAAGGGCCAGUAAACAUGAAAAAAGUCGACCCCAGUAGCAGUGAAGGAAAUAACAAUUAAAACAAGAUUAUGCCCUUUUCUUAUCUACCAAGUUGCCAAAUUUAAAACAUUAAUGCUUUGGACAGCUGAUGACGGUGGCCUGAUGACCCAGUUCAGGAGGCACAAAAGUAGCAGUAUGGUUCCUGCCCCUGGCGGUACAUGGGCUGGACCGGUGUCCAGUCGAACCAUAAUUUGUACAUCCAGUCUCCUUUUAAAUGGCACUGAAAAUGUUCUAAUCUUUUGCUCUUACAAGUAGUGUGAACGUUUGUAUCCAUGAACAAAAGCCUGUAGGAUAAAUUUCUAAAAUUAAAAUUGCUAAGGCAGAGGAUCCAUGCAUUUUUAGGUUCUAUAAAUACAGCCAGUGAGCCUUCCCCGGAGACUGUGCCCUUUGUGAUGGCAGCAGGGAUGGGUCUGCCUGUCUUUCUUUCCUCACCAGCCAAGUCUCCCUAGUGGCUUUUUGGCCUUUGCCAGUCUGAUAAGUGAAAAAUCAUGACUUGUAGUUUUCUACUUGUAGUUUUUUACUUCUUGGAUAUGUGAAAUUGAGACUCCUCAUGUAUUUAAACAUUUGGGGGCAAAUAUUCCUCAAGACGAGAAUCGCUGGGGUGGGGAGAUAGGCGUUCUCACCCGCUCCACCUGCCGCAGAGAUUAGACGGCCCCCCUCUCGGGUGGUUCGUACUGGGACACAACACCUGCGCCAGGGUGGUGCUUUCCCACACCUGCCCCUGCCCUCCCAGGGGAGUAGACCCAACGGACAUCUCUUUGGUGGCCCAUAGCAGAUAUUAAAGUGUACCUGCAUUCCUGUUACAUAGAACUUCUCACUGGCACACUUGUUAAGGAAUUUUCAGCAAGUUUGCUUUUGAAAUUAUUUGAUGACUUGUCAGUUUGGGCUCUGAGUUCUUAAAAAAUAAUUUUAUUGAGAUAUAAUCCACAUACCAUACAACUCACCCAUUGGAAGUGUAUGAUUUGGUGGUUUGGGUAUGUUAUUAAUUUUUAAGGAUUGUGGCUAAAAUAUAUGUAACAAUUUGCCAGUCUUUUUCAUUUUCAAAUGUACAAUUCCGUAGAAUUAAGUGCAUUCACAAUGUUGCACAAUCAUCACCACUUCUAGUUCCAAAACUUUUUUGUCCCCCAAACAAGCUCUGUGACCACCAUGGGCUCUGGCUUGCUGGCCGUCAGUGGGCACACUUGUAUCCAUCAGCUCGGGCCGCCCUAACAGAACACCACAGACUAAGGGCUCACACAGCAGAAACUUCGCUGCUCACAGUCCUGGAGGCUGGAAGUCCAAGAGCCAGGUGCCAGCACGUUUCUUCGGAAGCCUCUUCAGGUGGCUUGUAGGGGCCCAUCUCUGUGUGCUCACGGCCACUCUGCAUCCCUGCAGAGAGCGCUCUGGUCUCUGUUCCUCUUACAAGGACACCAGUCCUUUCGGAUUAGUGCCCCACCCUCAUGACCUCAUUUAACCUUACUUACUUCUUAAAGGCCUUAUCUCCAAAUACUGUCACGUGGGGGGUUAGGGUUUCAACAUAAGAAUUUGGGGCGGGGGCACAAGUCAAUUCAUAGCACUUAGGAAGUUAGAAAAACCUGAGAUUUUCAAAUGAAAUGUUUUUUUUUAUUUAACAGUGAAGUUGAGGGAGUGUUAUAUAUUGGAGAAGUUUAAUUUAAAAUAAUUCAGUUUCAAGAUGUGAUCAUUUUUACCAUUUUUCUAAAGUCUUCUUUCUAUCCUUUCCCCCCACCCCCCACUCCCCUGUGAGAGCUGAUCCUGUAGAGCUCUUCUCAGCUGGUAGUGACAUCACACUGACUGCUGAAAUCGGCCAUGAUGGAAAUACUUACCCACAGAAAUUGGCAAAUACUACAGCAUACCGCUGGCUAAGCUCUAUUAUUUCACCAAAUAAAAGCAGAAAUGAGUCAUUUAGAAAAUAGUAGAAUUGAUGCAUGAAUUCAAAAGCUGCUGAAAAAUAGUGAUAAAAUGCCUAUCAGUCAGUCAAGGCCCAGCUAGAAAGACUGAAUCCACACUGAGUAAUUCAGCUACAGGAAUUCGGUUAUGAGGCAUCUGAAUGAGGAUGCAGGGGAAGGUGGGGCCCAUGAGAGAAGAGCAAAGCAGGAAGUUAGCCAGAGGGACAAAGGGGUGGGGUAUGGGUGUGACCAGAGGUGAACACUGGGGCCUCCCAGUGGGAAGGGGAGCAUGGCAAUCCUGCUGGCUGGGGCUGGGACCUUGGAGCCGGAGCUGGGACUGCAGAGGAGACAGCCGAAGACUGCAGAAAGUACAGAGACGGGGAGGUCCCCUGGUUCCUCUCCCUCGGCCCUCCCAUAGCCUGCCUGCGCCAUGGACCAGCUGUGACGGGAGCUCGCCAGCAGGGUAGCCUGCACCUGCAGUACAGAGCAGGGGGGAUGGAACCGGAUGGGUCUGAGGACAGACAGAUGACUGGCACCACAUCUAAACCUCUACGAAUUAAGCAAGAGAAAGGA